CAUCGUCACUAAUAGGCGGGGCUGAUAGGCGGUGUCACGUGCUAUGCACUCUUGGUCAGGGUGAAGAUUGCGGAGGAAGAUGGACGGGGUUCGCUGUGUUUGUGUCUUGCUGUGUCUGCUGACUGCGGCCGCCGCCGCGGAUGACACCGCAUGCUCCCUGAUGUCCAACACGACUUGUGAAACUUGUUUGAAGAAUGUUAAGUGUCUGUGGUGUAACACGAAUAGAAAAUGUCAAGAUUAUCCUGUAAGAAACAUCCUUCCUCCCUCAUCGCUGUGUAAACUGAGUGACGCCCGCUGGGGAAUAUGCUGGGUGAAUUUUGAAGCUCUAAUCAUCGCUAUGUCCGUGGUUGGAGGAGUUAUUAUUUUGUCGCUGGUUGUCUGCUGUUGCUGCUGUUGUAGGAAAAAGAAGAACCGAAAUACCGGCUUGGAGACUGAGAGAUCAAUGAGAGAAAUCGAAGAGCGAAAAGUUCGCCAGGAAGAACGGAGGACUGAAAUGAAGAGCAGGCAUGAUGAAAUAAGGAAAAAAUAUGGCUUGUUCAAAGAAGAUAAUCCUUAUAACAAGUUUGAUAAUUAAUUUUUGGAAGCCUGUGUUGCCAACUUCUGUGGACUGUCAGUGAUUCUCAUACGUACCAAUUAUUUAAUUGUUGUCUCCAGUGGGUGGCCCACUGAGCCAGUGCUUGUAUAAAUAUAUAAAGUGCCUGAUAUUUUCCAUCUUUACACUUGGGUCUUAAUACUAAAGCAAAAGAUAUGUGGCAACCCAUUUCAAGCUGACACUAUUGGACUGCUGAAAGUGAUCUGUGAUUGGUUACUUUGGGUUCCUGCAUAUCAGUAAUAUAUGUAUAGCUGUUCAGUAAGUGUUCUAGAUCAAACAUGCUAAGAAGUCCCUAGCAGCCUUCAUUCAUUUUAAAGUGGUUGUAAACCUCUGACAUGAAAAAUGAACAAAGCACAUUCCACUGUCCUCUAGCGCUGAAGUGUGUGACAGAUCCUUGCUCCCUGACUUCCAAAGCUUAGAGAUGCUCUGUGAAAUCUGAGCAUUAGGAGGCUGUGGAGAGGUUCAGAUAAACAGAUACAGCUUGUGUAUCAACUGAGGGUAUAUGGGGGUUUUACAACCACUUAAAAGAACAUCACAAACUCUGUUGCUUGAACUUCUGAACAUGAGCAGCCAUCUAUGUACUCAUCUGUUACUUGUUCAGUUUCUUAGUAGUUUGGAGGUGACACACUUGCAUUAAUGAUUCAGGCUUGGUUUACACUGUGUGACUUGGGAUCUAACUUGUGAGACCUUAAGUCGGUGAUGGCUAACCUUGGCACCCCAGAUGUUUUGAACUAAAUUUCCCUUGAUGCUCAUGCACUCUGCAGUGUAGUUGAGCAUCAUGGGGAAAUAUAGUUCCAAAACAUCUGGGGUGCCAAGGUUCACCAUCACUGCCCUAAGUUGUGUGAAAUCCUGUUUUGGUCAAUGAUGGUGAUCUUGGCACUACUGAAGUCACUCUGACUUUAGAAAAGGUUUUUGUAUUCAAAGACUUCUACCCGACUUGUGCUCAUAGACUUUAAUGGAAUUUGCCUCAAGUCAGAUCCUCAUCUUUGAUGUGAUUUGGAGUCGACAUUGCAGGAAGAUUACACAGGCAUUUCCAGAAGUUGCUUCAAAGUCGCACUGUAAGUCACAAGACUUUCAGGUCGCAGCAGUGUGAACCGAGACGUGGGCUUAAAAUUAUUUAUAGAUCUAUAGUGACAUUUUCUUCAAAGAUCUGAUUGCUAGGGAACAGUACUUGUCAAUAUUUUAGCUACUUGAAGAAAAUGAGAAAUGUAUGUGAAGGCUCUUGCCUCCCACUUGGUAACGGGAGUUCAUUUUACCAGAGCCAAGAUUAAUAGACAUGUGUGUAUAUAGGUAUAGAUUUGUUGUGUGUUUUUUUUUUUUUUUCUAUUGAAACACUCCAAUCACAUAGUAUAGUUUUACUUGUCACCUUUUGCUUACAGCUGGCUAUAAUUGGUGCAAUGUAAAAUGACUUCAGUGCAAAGUGUCUGAGCGUAGAACCUUGUAUUUCCAACCUAGCAGCCAAAUCCAUUCUCAUUUAUCUGCUCUGAAUAUGUAAGGUGACUACCGAUUUGAUAGAAACUGUCUCAAAACACUUCAUACAUGAGGCUUAAUAAAUUACGGUGUUGAAAAGCAAGCAGGCUUCUGUAUGUGAGUCUCCAGAACGGUAAGACCAUCUGAUAAAAAUUUCUUGACAGAC